AUGUCUCAAGAACAGUAUACAGAACAUCUAAAGGUUAUUGUCGCCGAAAAGCUGGCCGGCAUUCCUAACUUCAACGAAGAUAUCAAAUACGUAGCGGAGUACAUUGUUUUGUUGAUUGUUAAUGGUGGAACCGUUGAAUCCGUUGUGGAAGAGCUAGCUACUCUCUUUGACAGUGUCUCCAGAGAUACGCUUGCGAAUGUUGUCCAAACGGCCUUUUUCGCUCUAGAAGCUCUACAACAGGGAGAAAGUGCUGAAAAUAUUGUAUCCAAGAUCAGGAUGAUGAAUGCUCAAACUUUGGGGCAACCUGCCGUUGCACAACAACAGCAACAACAACAGCAACAACAACAGCAACAACAACAGCAACAAGAACAACAACAGCAACAAGAACAACAGCAGCAGCUGCAGGAGGAGCAACCGCUGCCACAAGCGGCCGUGCAAAAUGCAAUGCAAAUAGACCCUCAAGCAGAUUCAGCUCCUAUAUCAGCUUUCUCUGGUGUCGUGAAUGCUGUUCCUCCGCCCCUAUUUGCGCCUGUUGACAACAGUCAACGUUUCACCCAACGUGGUGGCGGCGCCAUCGGCAAGAAUCGUAGAGGUGGUCGCGGUGGGAAUCGUGGAGGACGUAACGGUAGUUCAACACGUUUCAACCCAUUAGCCAAGGCUCUUGGUAUGGCUGGUGAGAGUAAUAUGAAUUUUGUUCCAAUUAAAAAAGAGGGACGUUGCAGGUUAUUUCCUCACUGUCCUCUAGGUAGGUCAUGUCCGCAUGCCCAUCCAACCAAAGUAUGUAACGAAUAUCCAAACUGCCCGAAACCUCCAGGAACUUGUGAGUUUUUACAUCCAAACGAAGAUGAAGAAUUGAUGAAAGAAAUGGAAAGAACCCGUGAAGAAUUCCAAAAGAGAAAGGCCGAUUUAUUGGCUGCAAGAAGGAAACCAGUACAAACCGGCAUAGUUUUAUGUAAGUUUGGUGCUUUAUGUUCUAAUCCCUCAUGUCCAUUUGGUCAUCCAACGCCAGCAAAUGAAGAUGCCAAAGUCAUUGACUUAAUGUGGUGUGACAAGAAUUUAAAUUGCGACAACGGUGAAUGUAGGAAGGCACACUCAUCAUUAUCCAAGAUUAAGGAGGUAAAACCAAUGAGUCAGAAGAAAGCAGCUCCACCUCCGGUCGAAAAAUCUUUGGAACAAUGUAAGUUCGGCACGCAUUGUACUAAUAAACGUUGUAAAUAUAGACAUGCCCGUUCUCAUGUUAUGUGUCGUGAAGGUGCGAACUGUACAAGAAUCGAUUGUCUCUUUGGUCAUCCAAUUAAUGAAGAUUGUAGAUUUGGUGUAGACUGUAAGAACAUUUACUGUUUAUUCAAACAUCCUCCAGGAAGAGUUCUUCCAGAAAGAAAGACUGCUACACCCAGUCUCAAUGGCCCUACCAAUGAAAGGCCAUUUGCAUUGCCGGAAAACGCGAAUAUUGAGAAUGCUCCUUCGCAAGUUAGUUUUUCUCACCAAGAGCAAGACACGGAAAUGAAUUGA